CAGUAAUAAUUCGGACGACGAGAAGACGCCAGCCAGAGAGGAAGUAAACAGAAGAGCCAGUGAUGCUAAUUACGAUCCGGUACAAAUGGACAUGAGUGAGGUAGAGUAAAAGAGCAUACAUGCAUACUUCUUAAAUUCUUAGUUGUUAAGUACGAAACAUUCGGACAAUGCCUAAGAAGAUCACCACAGUGACUUUACGGGUGCUAUACAUGCGAGGUCUUAGGCCUGAUAUGUAAAAAAAAAAAAAGGAUAUUUGGUUUUGCAAGGUCAUGUCCUCAAAAUGUCCUCAAUGUGAUAUACAGGAGGAAUGGAAACAGUGUUUGUAUGUUUUUUACAUUUUGCAAUCAGAUUAUGACUUGGCACAAACUGUGUGGAGUUUAAUUGUGUAAAGUUGGGAUGUAGAAAAAAAAAAGAAAAAAAAAAUUUUUUGAAUAUUUCAUAAUCUGAAUACAAAUAAAGACAGGACCUUGAAACCUUACUACGAACGCAGGAUAAUCAGGCUAUCAUUGACAAUAAUUAAAAUUUAAAUAAGUAAAUGGGAAUGGUGCCAUUUCGUGAGACAAUAUUAACACGUAGCUCUGUUGGUAAUACAUGAUACAAUAUCUACGCAUCUCGGCAAGGUCUAUGCUGUGUGAGGGUCUUUCAAGACUACCCCCAAGUCCUAUUCAGAAGACAGAGGAAAGCAACAACAAUAACUCGUCCAGAGAAUCUAGUAGCGAACGUGGAAACAGUCCGACGUCACAUUCAACCUUCAGCUCGAGAACAGACUCUCGAGCUGUAUCUUCUUCCUCCUCAGACCAGAGGCGAAUCGAACACGAGAAUCACACUAGUUCGAAAGACGAUCACAGGCGGGGAGACCGUAGCGAUCGAAGUCGUCAUUCGUCCGAUAAGAGUCGUCGUUAUGACGAUCGCAAACAGCGGGACAGCAGCAGUAGUCACAGAGACCGAAGUAAAGAGCGGAGAAGUCGGGACAAUGAUAGGAGAAGUCGAGACGAUGAUAAGAGGUCGUCACGAGAUGAUGACAGGCGUAGGUCGUCUGUUGGAUCAUCCAAGGACGAGAAGAACGACGACAAAGACAAGAACGACCGGGAUUAUCAUUACAGGGAUGACAGGAGGGAUCGUAAUCGCGACAGGAACGACAGGGACAGGCGUAGGGAUCGCGGCGAUCGGGAACGAGAUCGGGGACGACACUCCAGGGACGACAGGUCGAGCAACCGGCACGAGCGUUCGAGUUACCACAAGGACAAAGAUCGCGCGAGAUCGAGGUCGCGAUCGAGGGAUCGCGCUCCACCGUCGUCAUUCAGAACGAUGAGUUAUCGAGAAGAGAAGGGUCGAAACAAGCUAGCCCAAUUAGAGAAAUUGGGUAUAGAGCUGAAACCACCAGAAGGCACUGAUCCCGUAACACCGGGUGGCGUUCAGAGCGAACAGAGCUAUUAUAAUCCUCUUGCAACAGCGACACAAGGAAAAUACGCGGAACAAAUUCAGAAGAGGAAGUUGCUGUGGGCGAAUAAGUCUAAACAAGAUGACGGUAACAGCGCAUCAAAUAUAGCUUCUACCGCCAGUACGUGGAUAGGAACGACUUUUACGCACGAUCAAGACGGAAAGGUAACGGCAAAGUUCAAACGACUAAUGGGUAUUAAGGGCGACUUACCAGCCACACCGACCGUGGGUGCUAAACCGGAUAUCUUGAAGAAGCAGGAAGAGAUGUUCAACAACAUGGAGCAACAGUAUGAAGUAGCACGCGCUACCACGCACACACAACGUGGAGUGGGAUUGGGUUAUGCCACUGGUGGCUAUCAAUUUCCACGAUAAAGUGCACUGAAACCUCACUUUUAUUGUUUAAUACAUUUAAAUAUUACAAGAUAGUCACGUACAGAUGAUAUGAGCUAAUAGUUCAGGUACAGCAACUUGACUUUUGACCUUUGUGUUCACACAAGUUUUCCAAAGUUUCUCUAUUCCUGAGUUUCAUGUCAAAAUUAAAAUUGAUAGGAACAUCAGCAAGUCGCAGAUGUUCAGCUUCAGAAGUUAGUUUGUCAUCUGUAAAUGUAAUAAAAGUUACAUGUUUGUGCGUUGUAAGCACUGUGAAAAUAAAUUUAUUAAGAUUA